UCCACUGUUAUCUCCCUCUUUUUGUACCUCCUCAGUCUUGGAGAUUGGAAAAAUAAUUCAAAAAGAAACAUUAUUAUAUUAACAGGUUCUUUGUAUAAUUUAGUGGCACUGCAUGUGCUCUUGAAUAACACAGUCACUUUAUAUUCUAAUAACCCAACCGUCCAUCUCCAUCCAUCCAUUAUACUCUCACUCCCCUCCCCCGCAUAUAAAAUCGCCCCCUUCUUCAUUUGUUAGCCCUCUCCCCUUCUCUCUCUUUAUCAUUAUCUCUUAAAUUUAUCUGUGCAAUUUCAGAUAAAUCAUAUAUUUUGAUACUCAAUUUAUUCAGUGAGAUAACAAAUGGGUGAAGAGGCUAAGCAGGAACCAGCUCAGGCAGAGGCUAAGCCAGAGGAGAAAGCAGAGCAGAAAACAGAGGAGAAGAAAGAAGAGAAGGCAGAGGAGAAGGAAGAGCCAAAACCACCAUCUCCUUUUGUGCUAUUUGUAGACUUACAUUGUAUGGGAUGUGCGAAGAAGAUUGAGAGGUCCAUCAUGCGACUUAGAGGGGUGGAGGGGGUUAUGAUAGAUACGGCUAAAAAUGAAGUGACCAUAAAGGGAAUAGUGGAGCCUCAAGCAGUGUGCAACAAAAUCAUGAAGAAAACCAAGAGAAAAGCAAAAGUCUUGUCCCCAUUACCAGCUGCUGAGGGUGAACCCAUGCCGGAAGUUGUUGCUUCACAGGUUAGUGGACUAGUAACUGUGGAGCUCCAAGUUAACAUGCACUGUGAGGCCUGCGCAGAGCAACUUAAGAAAAAGAUACUCAAACUCAGAGGAGUGCAAAGUGCUGUGACUGAUCACAAUAGCGGGAAGGUGAUGGUGACAGGAACCAUGGACGGCGACAAGCUAGUAGAUUAUGUGUACAGACGAACCAAGAAGCAAGCCCGAAUCGUCCCACAACCGGAGCCUGAACCCGAGAAGAAAGAAGAGAACAAGGAAGGUGAUGACAAGGCAGCAGAAGAAGCAAAACCAUCAGAAGACAAGAAAGAAGAAAAUGCAGAGGAAAAACCUGCAGAAGAGGCAAAGAAAGAAGAGGGUGGUGGUGAUGGUGGAGAAGAAAGUAAAAACAAGGAGGAGGAGAAAGGUGGUGGUGAGGAAAACAAGGUGGUGGAGGAGAUGAGCGGCAGUUACGUAAAUAGUGGUAUGGAUGAGGAAAGUAUGAAAAGAAUGAUGCAGUACUAUUAUCAGCCGCUGUAUGUGAUUGAGAGAAUCCCACCUCCUCAGCUGUUCAGUGAUGAGAAUCCAAAUGCAUGUUGCAUUUCAUGACUCACCAACUUCCAACUUUGAUGAUCAAUCAAAUAUUUCAUAAUAACAAGUUAUUAAAAUGUUGUUAUGUUACUUAUGUGUAGUAUAUUAUUUAUAUUUAUAUAUAUAUAUAAUGUUUUUCUUUUCUUUUAUACA